UGAAAAAGAAGUGACUGAAAAAGAACCUAAGGAACAGAUUCAUUUCUUAACAAGAUCAAGUUUGAAUUAAAUGGCUGAUAAACAGAUCAGUUUACCUGCCAAGCUGAUCAAUGGAGGCAUAGCUGGGCUGAUCGGGGUCACCUGUGUAUUUCCCAUUGACCUGGCAAAAACUCGCCUGCAGAACCAGCAGAAUGGCCAGCGGAUGUACACCAGCAUGUCUGACUGCCUCAUUAAAACAAUUCGGUCGGAAGGCUACUUUGGCAUGUACAGAGGGGCUGCAGUCAACCUGACUCUAGUGACACCAGAAAAGGCUAUCAAACUGGCAGCCAAUGACUUCUUCCGGCAUCACCUCUCUAAGGAUGGGAAAAAGCUGACGCUACUGAGGGAGAUGCUGGCAGGCUGCGGCGCAGGUACCUGCCAGGUGAUAGUCACCACUCCCAUGGAGAUGCUCAAAAUCCAGCUGCAAGAUGCGGGACGUAUUGCGGCACAGAAGAAACUGAUGGCAGCACAGGCCCAGCUCUCCUCUUCCUCUGCGGCGGGGGCAGCAGAGCCAGCUGUGGAAACACGCACCACUGCAACACAGAUAACAAGGGAGCUGCUACGGAGCAAAGGCAUCGCGGGACUCUACAAGGGCCUGGGAGCCACGCUGCUAAGGGAUGUUCCAUUCUCCAUUGUUUACUUCCCACUGUUUGCAAACCUGAACAAGCUGGGCCAGAAAGACCCCAAUGUCAAGGCUCCGUUCUAUGUGUCCUUUCUCUCCGGAUGUGUGGCUGGCAGCACGGCUGCGGUGGCUGUCAAUCCUUGCGAUGUGAUCAAAACGCGGCUGCAGUCUUUGCAGAGAGGAGUGAAUGAGGACACCUACUCAGGGAUCCUGGACUGCACCAAGAAGAUCUUGAAGAAGGAAGGGCCCAUGGCCUUCCUGAAGGGAGCAUACUGCCGAGCCCUCGUCAUUGCUCCUCUCUUUGGCAUUGCACAAGUCGUCUACUUCAUCGGCAUUGCGGAGUUCCUGCUGGACAUGCUCCCCAAGCACCGGGCCUAG